AGUGCUGAGUACAUGGUGUUGGAAGAGGAGAGGGAGCUUCUUGAAAGAAAUCAUGAAAGAUUUGCUGAAUUAUUGGAGCAAAUCGAGAGGAGAACAGAGGAGCUUCAAUUGCUCCAGCGUUUAACAGAAGCGCGAUUGAGGUUAAUCGAAAAUGAAGCAGAUCGAGUUAGAAGUCUGAGGUUUCUACGUCACAACGAUGUCGCUGCCGGUGGAAAGGUGAAUGAGUCAUUGAUAAGAAGUGACGCCUAUGGGAAAUGCACCAUCUGUCUUGACGAUGAACCAUUGGAUCCUGUCGGAUGCAUAUAUUGCCAACAGCUGGUGGGCUGUCGAAGAUGUGUAAAUCGAUGGUAUCUACCAGCUCGCUUUGGGGUAAGGAAUCAUGCACUUUGUCCGCUGUGCAGGCACGAAUGGUUGGAACAAGCGGAAGUUAUGUGUAUAUUUUAUUUGAAGAACGAUUUCUACUAG